UCGGGGCUGGCAUGUGCUGAUCAGCUCAACAAAAAGGGUCAUUUGGUGACAGUGUUUGAGCGGAACGAUAGGGUCGGGGGUCUCCUCCAGUACGGCAUACCGACGAUGAAGUUGUCUAAACAAGUGGUCCAAAGAAGGGUAGAUCUGAUGGCCGAAGAGGGCAUUGAGUUCAAGACGAGCGUCAAUGUCGGCAAAGACAUCACUGGCGACGAUCUGCUGAAGAACUUCAACGCCGUGUGUCUGACGACAGGCGCCACGUGGCCCCGGGAUCUGCCGAUUCCUGGUCGGCAACUGAAUGGGAUCUACUUCGCGAUGACAUUCUUGGAGUCGUCGCAGAAACAGCUCUGGAACUCAAACAACAAUUUCCUUCACCUGACGGCUAAAGACAAGAAAGUGAUUGUCGUCGGCGGCGGUGACACCGGAUGUGAUUGCAUCGGCACUUCCCUCCGACAGGGCGCUAAGAAUAUCGUGUCGUUUGAGAUACUCCCGCGACCGGGAGAUACUCGCGGUGCGGACAACCCGUGGCCCCAAUGGCCGCGAAUAUACCGCAAAGACUACGGUCACGAGGAGGUGGAGCUGAAGUGGGGAUCGGAUCCCAGAAUAUUCGGCAUCAAUAGCAAGGAAUUCCUGGACGACGGCGCCGGUAAUGUGAAGGGAAUCCGAUCCGUGCGGGUCGAGUGGACUCAAGACAACGGCCGAUGGAUUAUGAAGGAAGUGCCCAACUCUGAGCAGAUCUACGAGGCCGAUCUGGUGCUGCUGGCGAUGGGUUUCUUGGGACCCGAGACUUACCUCACGGAACAGCUGAGACUCACGAAAGACCAGAGAUCUAAUGUAUUGACUAAAGCGGGCACUUAUAGGACACCCAUCGAUAGGAUCUACGCGGCCGGGGACUGCCGUAGAGGACAGUCGCUUGUGGUGCACGCCAUCAAUGAGGGCCGACAGGCGGCCCGCGAGAUCGACGCCGACCUCCACAACGGCAUGUCUACGCUACCCGGGCCCGGGGGUGUCAUACCGUACCCGCCGAUAGCUUUGGGCACUAAACUAAUGGCCGGUUAGGCGAUGAUUAGGUUUAUUUGUGUGUCUGUCACGCGAUUCUGUGUUUUCAUUGAGUAUAUAUAGAGUAUGAUUAAUACAUAUAAAUAUAUACCGUAUAUAUAGUUACUCGAAGUGAAUUCAUGACAAUUUAAAAGUUUAAUUUGUAUUAAAUGUACAUUUUUUCGGUC